AUGGCCGACGAGCUUCUUGGUGCCGACAACUCCCUCGCACCUGCACAAGACGUUGACGCGCCUUCCGCUGCCGACGACGGCGCUGCUGACGCUCCGACCGCCGACUCUCAGAUCGAACAACCCACAGACGCCGAUACAGCCAUGGCAGACGACGCUCAGGACUCGGCGCAGAAGGACAAUUCGACUCCUGCUCCGGUAUCGGACAAUCCCCUUGACGCGCCUGAAGGACCCAGACCUGACACUGAGGAUGCCGAUGGAGCGGAGGACGAGGAGAUGGGUGGCAUGGACGACACGAAGAAGGAAGCCACCAGCCCAGAGAAGGAGGCCGGGGAUAACGCCGAUGCCGCCGCAGAUGACCAACCUGCUCAGACCAAAUCCGCAUUGGAGAACCAAGCCCGUUCUCACCUCAUUGCGCAGACUCAUGCCAUCAUCCUACCGAGUUACAGCACUUGGUUCGACAUGAACACGAUCCACAACAUCGAGCGCAAGGCUCUUCCUGAGUUUUUCAACAGCAGGAACCGUAGCAAGACCCCCGCGGUCUACAAGGAUUACCGUGAUUUCAUGGUCAACACCUACCGCUUGAACCCUGCCGAAUAUCUCACCGUGACCGCUUGUCGCCGCAACCUUGCUGGCGAUGUUUGCGCAAUCAUGCGUGUGCACGCUUUCCUCGAGCAGUGGGGCCUGAUCAACUAUCAAGUCGACCCGGACACCAGGCCAUCAAACAUUGGUCCUCCUUUUACUGGUCACUUCAAGAUCACGGCAGACACUCCUCGUGGUCUGCAACCUCAUCAGCCUGCUCCCAAAUCUGUGGUGACCGUAGGCAAGCCUCUGACUGCCACGGAGCGUCUCGCGAGCCAAACGCCUGCGUCGAAGGAGGAUCUCAACCUUGAAAUCCGCCGCAAUGCCUAUGAGUCUAACGGAAAAGAAGUCACGCCCGCUGAUACCAAGGACAAAUCCGCCAAUGGUGAGGGAUCGGCUACAAACGGAACCCAGUUAGCCGACAGCAAGUCUCUCGUGGAUGCCCUCAAGGAGCCAGGUCGUCAGGUCAACUGCUUUUCGUGCGGCAUUGACUGCACCCGCGUACAUUAUCAUAACACAAAAUCUGCCCCGCACUCUGCAUCGGGUAAGACCGCUGCGAUGCUCAAAUACGAUCUCUGCCCGAACUGCUUCUUGGAAGGUCGUUUCCCUUCUUCGAGCACUGCAUCAGACUACACCAAGAUCGAGAAUGACAAGUACUCGGGUAUCCCUGACCGGAAUGCGCCUUGGACGGAUGGAGAGACUCUGCGCCUUCUGGAAGCAUUGGAAAUGUUUGAUGAGGACUGGAACCAGGUCGCAGAAUACGUCGGCAACCGGACAAGAGAAGAGUGUGUCCUCAAAUUCCUCCAGCUGGAAAUCGAGGACCAGUAUCUUGAGGAGCAGGAGAAUGGGAACAAGACGGAACUCACUGGAGGCAACCUCGCUUAUCUGAGCAACGGCCGCGUCCCCUUUAACCAGGCUGACAAUGCUGUUCUGUCUGUUAUGGGCUUCCUUGCUGGCCUGGCAGACCCUGCCGUCACCGCUGCAGCAGCCGGUAAGAGCGUGGAUGAGAUGAAGCGCGCAUUGAGGGAGAAGCUUGAGAAGGGUGAUGCUCCUUCGGGUGAGUCUGACAAAGGCAAGGAGAAGGAAGCUUCUGCUGCACCUGCGGCUCCCGAGGCCAAGGUCAAGAACGAAGACAGUAUGGACGUCGACACGGGCUCGCCGCAGGCAGCCGGCGCUGUGGCUACUCAAACUGAUGCUAGCAAGCCGGCCAACCCGUACGCCACAGUUCCGCUCGCUCUGUCAGCGGCUCGUGCUGCGGCGCUGGCUUCGCAUGAGGAGCGUAACAUCUCCCGCCUGGUAUCCAGUGCUGUCAACGUGGAGCUGCAGAAGAUGCAACUCAAGCUGCAGCAAUUCUCAGAGCUUGAGCAAGUCCUCUCGGCUGAGCGUCGCGAUCUUGAGCGCCGCCGACAGCAGCUCUUCCUCGACCGUCUCGGUUUCCAGAAGCGCAUGCGUGCAGUGGAGGAUGCUUUCAAGCGCGCCGCUAUCUCUGGUCCCCAAGAUGGCCUGAAGAUUGUGCAAGAAGCAGUUCACGGCGCCGACGCCUUUGGCGAGAAGCUUGGCGUGCAAAAGGUGGGAUCCGAUGAUGAAAGAGAAGCCACGCCGCUGAAGGAGGGCGACGAGGGCUUCAAGAGCCACGAGAUCUAA